GAAGAAGAGAGUGAAGAGGAGCCCAAACUGAAGUACGAAAGGCUCUCCAAUGGGGUAACUGAAAUCCUUCAGAAGGAUGCUGCUAGCUGCAUGACGGUCCAUGACAAAUAAAUACUGAAGUACUACACAGUCCCUGGUUGGUUGAAUCUGAGGUUGUGGAACCCCUGAUCUGAAGGAAUCGUGGAUCUGCAGGACCAACUUUCUUGGCACUGGGCACACAUUAUGGCAAGGUUUAUUUACUUGAUGUCCAGGGGAACAUCACUCAGAAGUUUGAUGUAAGUCCUGUGAAGAUAAAUCAGGUUAGCUUGGAUGAAAGUGGAGAACACAUGGGCGUGUGUGCAGAGGAUGGCAAGGUGCAGGUAUUUGGACUGUAUUCUGGAGAAGAAUUUCACGAGACUUUUGACUGUCCCAUUAAAAUCGUUGCUGUGCACCCGCAUUUCGUGAGAUCCAGCUGCAAGCAGUUUGUGACAGGAGGGAAGAAGUUGCUGCUGUUUGAACGAUCUUGGAUGAGCAGAUGGAAGUCUUCAGUUCUGCAUGAAGGGGAAGGGAACAUAAGGAGUGUGAAGUGGAGGGGCCAUCUGAUCGCCUGGGCCAAUAAUAUGGGCGUGAAGAUUUUUGACAUCACCUCAAAGCAGAGAAUCACGAACGUGCCCCGGGAUGAUAUAAGUCUUCGCCCAGAUAUGUAUCCCUGUAGCCUCUGCUGGAAGGACAAUGUGACGCUGAUCAUCGGCUGGGGGACGUCCGUCAAGAUAUGUUCAGUGAAGGAACGGCACGCCAGUGAAAUGAGGGACUUGCCCAACCGAUAUGUUGAAAUAGUGUCUCAGUUUGAAACUGAAUUCUACAUCAGUGGACUGGCACCUCUCUGUGAUCAGCUUGUUGUACUUUCCUACGUAAAGGAGGUUUCUGAAAAAACGGAAAGAGAAUACUGUGCCAGACCCAGAUUGGAUAUCAUCCAGCCACUUUCUGAAACUUGUGAAGAGAUUUCUUCUGAUGCUCUGACCGUGAGGGGCUUUCAGGAAAAUGAAUGUAGAGAUUAUCACUUAGAGUACUCAGAAGGGGAGUCACUCUUUUACAUCGUGAGUCCAAGGGAUGUUGUUGUAGCGAAGGAACGAGACCAAGAUGACCACAUCGACUGGCUUCUUGAAAAGAAGAAAUAUGAAGAAGCUUUGAUGGCAGCUGAAAUUAGCCAAAAGAACAUUAAAAGACAUAAGAUUCUGGACAUCGGCUUGGCGUAUAUAAACCAUCUGGUGGCAAAAGGAGAGUAUGAUAUAGCAGCACGCAAAUGCCAGAAAAUUCUUGGGAAAAAUGCAGCACUCUGGGAAUAUGAAGUUUAUAAAUUUAAAGAAAUUGGACAGCUUAAGGCUAUUAGUCCUUAUUUGCCAAGAGGGGAUCCAGUUCUGAAACCACUCAUCUAUGAAAUGAUCUUACAUGAAUUUUUGGAAAGUGACUAUGAGGGUUUUGCCACAUUGAUCCGAGAAUGGCCGGGAGAUCUGUACAACAAUUCAGUAAUAGUUCAAGCGGUUCGGGAUCACCUGAAGAAAGAUAGUCAGAACAGGACCUUACUUAAAACCCUGGCAGAAUUGUACACCUAUGACAAAAACUAUGGCAAUGCUUUGGAAAUAUACCUAACGUUAAGACAUAAGGAUGUUUUCCAGUUGAUCCACAAACAUAAUCUUUUCAGUUCUAUCAAGGAUAAAAUUGUUUUAUUAAUGGAUUUUGAUUCUGAGAAAGCUGUUGACAUGCUUCUGGACAAUGAAGAUAAAAUUUCAAUUAAAAAAGUAGUGGAAGAAUUAGAAGACAGACCAGAGUUGCAGCACGUGUAUCUGCAUAAGCUUUUCAAAAGAGACCAUCAUAAGGGACAGCGCUACCAUGAGAAGCAGAUCAGCCUUUAUGCUGAAUUCGACCGACCCAACUUGCUUCCAUUUCUCCGAGACAGUAUCCAUUGCCCCCUUGAAAAGGCUCUUGAGAUCUGUCAACAGAGAAACUUUGUAGAAGAGACAGUUUAUCUUCUGAGCCGAAUGGGUAACAGCCGAAGUGCCCUGAAGAUGAUUAUGGAGGAAUUGCAUGACGUUGACAAAGCGAUUGAGUUUGCCAAGGAGCAGGAUGAUGCAGAACUCUGGGAGGAUCUGAUCUUAUAUUCCAUCGACAAACCACCAUUUAUCACUGGCUUGUUAAACAACAUCGGCACACAUGUUGACCCAAUUCUACUGAUUCACCGUAUUAAGGAAGGAAUGGAGAUUCCUAAUUUGAGAGACUCCUUAGUUAAAAUUCUACAAGACUACAAUUUACAAAUUCUGCUUCGUGAAGGCUGUAAGAAGAUUCUCGUAGCCGACUCUCUGUCCUUACUAAAGAAGAUGCACCGAACUCAAAUGAAAGGCAUUCUGGUUGAUGAGGAGAACAUCUGUGAGUCCUGCCUUUCCCCUAUUCUUCCAUCAGACGCAGCGAAGCCCUUCAGCAUGGUGGUCUUCCACUGCCGGCAUAUGUUCCACAAGGAGUGCCUGCCUGUGCCUAGCAUGACCUCUCCUGCGCAGUUCUGUAACAUCUGCAGUGCGAAGCACCGGGGACCAGGAAGUGCCAUUUUGGAGAUGAAAAAAUAGCUGGGUUCUGUUUGUCAGCCUCUUCCUCGUGCUCUUUGAGGACUGCUUUUGCAGCAACAGAAGCUUUUGUUGGCACCAGUGCUGUUAAGAUUCGUACAUGUUUAGAUUAUGCUUAAGAAGAGCCUCUGCAUCCUCUUCUGUUUACUAGAUGUUUCUCUUUGCAGUUGGUAAAGAAGUUAGGGCUUUCCCCAGCCAUACCUUGAAAGAUGUGCAUUCACAGUCAGCAUUUUAUCAUUUAUUUGUUUGACUCAUUAUUUAGGAAGAGAAACUGAAGUCUUGGAGUUGGAAGUGACAUUUCAGUAAAACUGUCCAGCCAUAACAUGGACUGCUGAGAGUUGUCCCAGAUGGCUGAGUGCCUCACCACUGAGGCUGUCUAGCAGCACCUUGGACCUUGUUUUCAUAUCCUCUGCCAGCAACCACUCUCAGAUUCUGGGUUUGGCUUUUUUUUUUUUUUUUUUUUUAGUAUGUCAUCAACUGUGCUUACCUUCUUGAUUGGCAUUGAAUGAAACAUUGUGCAUAUUGUCACUGACUAUGUGAUGUCUGGGAAUAACAAGAGCAGUCUGAUGCCAUGCAGUUUCAUGUUGACCGAUGACCAGUUUCAUGUUCUCUGUGUCCCAAUGAACAGCAGUGUCUGCCCCUGGCAGAAUAAAUGUUAGCUCUUCCCACUGUGAAAGACUCACUUUUACUGGGUUGUACAACUUUAAUCAAGCAUUCUGGCACCCUCAUAAGGAAUGGAAGAGAGUUUCAGCACCUAGAGUGUGAGGGAGUGUGGGCGGGUGUCGCUAGAGGGAGGAUAGGAGUGAUGCUGUGGAAUCUGAGAGAUGCUCAGGAGAAAGGUGGCUGAUGCUGGAGCAUGGGCAUGACAGUGUUUCCUGUAGCCUCCUUUGCCCUUGUAGAGCAUAGCAUAAGACGGAGGGAGAGAAUUCAAACCUGUGCCUAUGUCUCUUAGUUACUGGUUUCAUUUCCUUGGGCUACAUUGCCAUCCUCUAACCAGUGAAAAACACGUAUUUGCUCUCCCUGCUCUCUUUGUCCCAAAAAAGGGAAUAAAUGCAGCUUUCUGUGUCUGCCUUUUUGGGGAGAGGGUGGGAUGCUAAUGACUACCAAGCAAAUAUCAACUACUGAACUUGGUAUAGUCGUUCCCAUGAGCAGCAUCUCAUUUCAUUCUCAUAUGACUCCCCAGACUACCUCCUGACCCCAAGAAGAUAUUAUAUCCCCAGGUUUACCAGCAGAGAAGUCAAAGUGCAGAGAUGUUAUCACAAAGGUGACUCACUUCAGAGCAGGGCUCUGCUUUAAGAAAUCACAUGCCUAAGUUCACAGGAAACGCACAGUACAUCUUUUUGCACUGGAGUUAAAAAGAAUAUUCAGUAGAAGACAACAGACUUCACUGGUUAGUCUUAAAUAUUUAGAACUAGAAAGUGUUAGAGUUUACUGUCAACCCUUUCAGUAUUUCCGUAUUCUAAGAUUAGGGAUAUUUCUGCUACACUGCUAGAUUUUACUUUUAACCAGAGAAACUCUUCCUUCACACACACACAAGUGAGCCCAAUUUGAAACAUAGCUGAAAAGCAAAGCUACUCCACUUAUAUUUGAGAAGAAUGUAGUUGCUGACUUCAAAUUUCAUGUCCUUUCCUUUAAAAAACCGAAUCUCUGAGUGUGAAACCACCAAGUUCAAAGUUAUCUUGUGAUAACAGUUUUAUUUUGCUUUUGUUUUUAGCCAAAAAGACUAUACUAGUUUAAGUAUGUCCAUCUUUGAAAAAUUUUGAGACGAUCUCAAUAAAAAUGUAACUGGU